UGAACAUCAAGAAGUGUGGUAAACAAUAUAAGUAGAGCGCCAAUAUGAACUGGUUUACACCUUGCAUAAAUCUUAUGGGAUUCUCUGAAUGCUUUUAACUGUCAAGUAGAUAAGUUUAGAUUUUCCCCUGUUUUCGGGUUAAGGAUUAAUAAGGAUCUGAUAUUGAGUAUUUCCCAUCAACAGUAGCAGUUUUAUUCGUGUACUCAAUGACUGGUUACAAGAGAGCCAAACUCAGUCAACUAAAUAGAUUGGUCACUUUGAAAAACAAAAUUUCUACACAAAAACAAAAUGUUUCCAAUGCUGCAUUCAAAUCUAUCAGUGAUAUACACUUUGCGAAGAAGCUGGGAAGCUUACUGGGACAGGCUACAUGUACUUCGUAUCCAGAUCAUCAGAUAAAAUCGAUUCUUUGCUCUGUUGAUGUAAUAAAGAACAACUACUUGCGCAGUGGACGUCUUCGCAAGGAAGCAUGUGAAACUUCGGACUCCAUAAUUAAUCCUUAUGUACCGAAAGGCCAUCAAGCACUCUCCGAUCUAUCUGGCCUUUUAGAACGUGAUGUCUCUAUCCACUUACCCUUACUAGAGAAGAAGUAUAAACCUCCCACUCUCUGUAAAAACAUUGAAACUCACCCCAGUCUUGUAGAAUAUAAUCUUUCAGAUGAUGAUAACUAACGAUCCAUUGUUUAAAACUGAAAAAAGUUUGUCCAAAUACAAAGUAUUUCUCAAUCCCGACUUAUUGAACCUGUGUGGGAUUUGGUUGACUUUAAAACUUUUGCAGAUUUUUGUCAUUUCCACUUCAGCCUUCGUAUUUGCUGCUUGCCUGUUAUUUUAUUGGCGAAUCAACAAUCCUGGUAGUAGAAAGUCACUUCAUGGCUUUAAUGUCUUAAUUACUGGUGGAUCAAGCGGAAUCGGUCUAUCUCUGGCUAAGCUGUUUUACGGAGGUGGUGCUAAUGUAACAAUCGUCGCUCGAGACCUGAAGAAACUUGAGUCUGCACGGGGAAUUAUAAAAUGUGAAAAAGAUAGAAAUAACAAUGUCUUUAUUUUGUCAGUUGAUUUGACUUCAGAGUAUAAUGUUUUGAAUGAAAUCUUCAGCAAACAUGUGGCUACUCAUGGACCCGUUGAUAUUUUAGUGAAUUGUGCUGGCUAUGCUGUUGCGCGCAAGUUUUUGGAUACUCCUACUGAUGAUAUCCAGGGAAUGUUACAUCUGAAUUACUUAUCUGCUGUUCAUGUGACAAAAAUUUUAUUGCCCUACAUGUUAGACCAGAAAGUUCACCAGACUCAUGAACGACGCAUCGCCUUCAUUUGUAGUCUUGCCAGUCAAGUGGGUGUGUAUGGUUAUGCAGCGUACACGGGUAGUAAAUAUGCUUUACGUGGUUUCGCGGAGACACUGGAAAUGGAGUUAGGAUAUAAAGGCCCAUUUGUAACAAUCGCUUUCCCACCAGAUACAGACACUCCGGGAUACAUUCGUGAAAAUGUUGGUAAACCAGUUGUAACUAAGGCGAUAUCUGCUACUGCAGGGCUAGUGUCACCGGAUGAUGUGGCAAAGUCUGUAUAUUUGGAUAUAAUGAAUGGAAAAUUGAUUAGUACAUGUGGGCUAGAAGGAGUAUUUCUUUCUUGGAUAACUGCUGGGAUAUUUCCUCCUGUAAGUGUACGAUGCCGUUAUCUUUCUGAUUUUAUUCCGGGUAUUAUAUUCGCUUGUGUGGAGAUUUUAGCUGCAACACCAUUUCGUGCUGUUGGAAUUGUUUAUGCUUUUUGGAUGCGAUAUAUUUCAUUUAAAUACAAUGAAUAACACUUGCUGACGUUUUUUACAUGUGAAAACUUUUUGUGAUCAUACAAUUUUAUUUCGUUAUGAAUGGUAUACUCAGGUUUCCUUUGUUAUAACUGUCCAUAUUUUUAUUGUUUUUAUUAUAAUCCCUAUUUACUGUUACACUUAUAAACUGAACGAAACUUCGUCACUUUAUCAAAAGAACUCGUUGCAUUAGAAGAAAAUUAACUUGUUGCAUUGUAGCUUAUUGAUUGUGAAAUUUAUUAAUUAAUGUAUAUUAUAUUUCAUUUUAUAAUAAAUAAGAUAUUGUUGUCUAGUUUAUGACAAAAAUAUUUCAGUUAUUUCCCUUUUUUUCCGAAUGUUUGUUUUAUUUCUUAUAUGACAGCUUGCCGAAUGUUAUCCUUACUAUUUUCCAGUCAUCAGUAAAACUUACUUCCCUAAGUGACUGAUGUUUUUUCCAGAUUAACAAUUUGUAAGAGUGUCUGCUAUUAUUUUAAAUGUUACUAUACAUUCUCUGUAUCAUUAGUUUUCAUCAAAUACAUCUGAUGUAUUUUAAA